CCGAUAUUUUGCUAUCAUCAAAUUGUUCCGACUGAAUUCUAGUAGUUUUCAUCUAACGUUCGAGGAGUGAGCUUAUUAUUGUGAAUAAUGUUGCCAGUAUUCAAACAGACAUGGGCAGUUUCAGCAGUUCUGUUGAAUAUGCUAGCUCAGGGGAUGCUGUUGAGUUACACCAGCAGUUUGCUGCCUGCACUGCGAGCUCCAGACUCCGAUAUUAAAAUAGAUCUUAACACUGCCUCAUGGUUGUCUUCUUGCGUUGGAAUAGCUGGCAUCCCAGGUUUCUUUAUAUCAGCAUUUCUGAUGAAUUGGAGAGGACGGAAACAAGCACAUGCUAUUGUGUUAAUACCUGGUCUUAUUGGAUGGUUGGUUAUGUACUUUGCUAACAAUGUUACAACAUUAGCACUCGGGAGAGUACUUGGUGGAUUUACUGCAGGUGCUACUGUUUCGUUAGGAGCAGUAGUGAUAGGAGAAUACACUUCACCUAAUAAUAGGGGAACUUUCUUGAAUUUAAAAACAGCUAGCGUCUGCUUAGGAGGUAUGGUUAUUCACAUUUUGGGGACGUUUUAUCAUUGGAGAACUGUAGCACUGAUGGCCAUGAUCCCGUAUUCUAUAUCUUUAGCUAUAAUUUUUACAUGGCCAGAAAGUCCAGCAUGGUUGGCAUCAAAAAAGAAAUAUGAAAGCAGUGAAAAGGCAUUUUACUGGUUGAGGGGGAAUAGCGAAGAGUCAAGAAAAGAAUUAUACGAAUUAAUACAAGCCCAAAGAGAGAAGCCUGUGACUACUAAAAAGAUGACAAUUAAAGAUCAAUUAACGAAACUAUUGUUAAAGUUUACAAAGAGAGAUUUUAUAAAGCCGUUAAAUAUAAUAAUUGCAAGUGGAAUUUUGAUUGAAGCUUGUGGUCGUCAUAUUUUUCCCGCGUACGCGUCACAGAUUAUAUCAGAAGUGACAGGAGAUAAAACUCAAUCUUUUUAUUAUACUUUGGCUAUUGAUAUAAUUAUAACAGGAAGUGCUACUUUUUCAUCUGUCCUCGUUAAGAUGUAUAAACGUCGUACGUUAUUAUUUACAUCAGGUUUUACAGCUUUAUUCGUAUUAUUUAGUGUUUGUACAUAUCUUUAUCUUGAAUCAAAGGAUGUUAUAUCUAGAGGUAAUUCUAUAAUUCCUAUAGCAUUGUUUGUUAUAUAUUUUGUGUCUGUUAAUUUAGGCUGUACAGCCAUACCUCUAUCUCUGUGCGGAGAAGUUUGGCCUCUUGAACACAGAGAUGCAGGUGUUGCUAUUUCAGGACUUGUAUUAUCUCUUGCAGUCCUCAUUGGAUUGCAAGUUACGCCGCAUCUAUUAGAAAGUAUAAAAGUUUAUGGAAUGUUUGCCCUCUUUGGUUCCGUAAUGGGUGUUACUUUAGUUAUCUUCUAUUUUAUAUUACCAGAGACAAAAGAUAGAACAUUGCAAGAAAUUGAGGAGUACUUUAUCUAUGGUAGAUAUAAAGAUGAAAAUAAAAAGGAAGAGGCUAAAAUGAACAUGGCCAGUGAGAAAUUGUUGAAGUUCUCACACACUGAUAAACUCAAAAAGAAUGACAGUGAUGUAGAAUCAAAAAUGUAAAUUAUAGAUUCACAAAGAUAUCAGACUCGGUGGGCAUGUCAAACUAAAUUAUGACAGCUCACUAGCGCCCUCCUGUCAAAGACAAAAAUGUGUCAUAUUUUUUCUAUGCCCAUUCAGGUUUAUAGUCUUUUCUGACAGAACUAAACGCAAUAGCGGCGCCUUGCAUCAGGACAGAUAUUUGUUUAACUAUAUUAUAGUGUUAAGAGGAAUAAUACAAUUUAAUUGUCAUAAAUUAAACAAUAAGCCCGAUUGAUAACACAAAGAAAUGCACAAAGAAAAUAAUUCUUGAAAUCCGAUACAUCGUGACAAUUUAUUAAAACGUAUAUAUUUUUUUCAAAGAAAAUAUGACGUACACAUUCCGAAAGCAAUCACAAUGUCACAUUUUUUUAACUAAAUUUUUCAUGAACAUCGUAGUCAAGUUCCAACAAAUAAAUCGGGCUUUUUAUUAAACGAAGACUAGUCAAAAGAAUUUCCAAAAGGAACAAGAAUGUAUAACAAUAUUUCUUCUCGAAAAUAUACAAAGUUCUAAAAGAACGUUUUAAAUAAGUAAUA